UCACACAGUCAAACAACACAUUUACACAUGACACCACAGAACACUACCACACUACAAAGGCUUUAAUGUCUUUACAUUAUUUUAUAUUAUACUAUUGCGGCAAUUUGAAACUACUUCGCUCAGGCACCUACAAGAUUACAAGAAUGUUUGUCGAAACCUUGCGCUUUGUCGAGUCUGAUAAACCGUAUCCGAAGACCAAAUUCGGAAAUUUCACAUUCAAAAUUUUACGGUUUAUUUAUCCGCCCUAUGGAAAAAACUUGCCGAUAGUAACUUUUGAUGUGGUUAUGCCAGAGCCUGAAAAUCUCGGCUUCAUAGCGGGGACAGCAUGCUUCUCGAUCCUCGUUUUGCUCCUUCUGAUCCUCAGGAUAUAUAGACGACUCCAUGGCCAGGUAAAGUUGCCCGAGCAACCCCUAGAGCAGCCCCAACAAACGGCUGAAGACGAUAUAGAUAUACCAGAUGAUUGGAUUCCUGAAUAUAACAGCAGCGACUGGCUAACUGACUCCUCACUCUCCGAUUGCGCAGAGCGCAGGGUGACGAAAGUCAUAAAAAAAGUGAGAGUGCGCUUCGAGGAGGAAUCGGCCACGGAUUCGGAACCGGCGGAUACUAUCAUCAUCGAUCGCAGCAACCCUAACGAGUGCAGCCAAGAGAUUACGAGGUCCAGCCAUCAAAAUGGCGAGCGAGGUAAUAUAAUGAAUGUAAAAAUAGUUCUAGGGAAGCCCCCCAAGUACCCUAGGCAUUCUCAUAAAAMUAAAUAGAGACGUGUAUUUAUUUAUUUCCUUCAAGGCUCCAAA